AGUUCUUGCGACCCGGUAUCUUCCACCGUCAGACUCUGGCGAGCCUCGUCCGCAAGCGCUGUUAAAGUCGACGGUGUCUUGAAAUCCCUGUCUUCCGUGGGUACAAGCACGUCUUGAAACGUGGGACCUCUUCAGAUUUCCAGGCAGGCGGUAAGUGGACGUUUGGGUGAGCGUGACCUCGCUCCUCCGUUGCCACUUGUCCAGCGGCCUUGCCGUUGCUCUCGCUCCUCCGUCUGCUGUUCCGUUAUGUUUGAUUUACCAAUUUUUCGUCUCAUUCAUCACUGGGAUCUCACACGCUGACAGACCGGGAACCGGUUGUUCGCACGUUCUUGCUUGGGAUAGGCGAGAUUCGGUCGUUCAAUUCGGAGCUAAGACUUGCUGAAUGAACGCUUAGCUGCGUUCGUGGGGAUCAGUGUAGUGAGGGAGCGUGUUGUUUAUCUCGAGGUAUGGAAGUUGAAGAGGAGCUUCAAGGAUUGCUGCUCCACGCAAGUGUUGUGAGUGAGGCAAAGAGAGAGCUCUCCAGCCCAAUUACAACUUCAGCACAGCUCCGCCCAGGCGUAUAUAGCCGCAAAGACCACCAUACGUCAAGAACCAGAGAGAUUGCAUUCGGCACUGCGUCUAGCGUGCGCAGCGUACAAGGACACACUAUGGUAGGAACAUCCUGGCACCCUAAGCCACGGCCCUACAGGCCGGCGAGCGCACCGCCAGUGAAGCCGGAACCUGCAUUCCGGGUAUGGAAUGUGGAACAUAUAUGGCGGCAAUGGUGCGAAUCUACGUUACGAACAGUAAGUGCCACUGCCUGGCUUGAGGCGACCUUUGUUCUACGAUUGGUGCCAGCAUGGAUGUUCUGAAUCGAGUAGUUUGACGCAGGAGCAUGCCAUCUCGGACGUGCUUAACACAGCAUCCAUGCCUAUAGGCUCCAUGUCGGGCAUGCCUUCAGCCGCUAGGCGCACAAAGAGCACCACUUCACGAGUCAUUGAGGGUUCCGCUGCUCGUACGUUCAGGGAUGUGUUGGGUUGUAUGAGUAGCAAUGGCUUGAUUAGAAGCUCGCUAGAAGUCCUCCAAAGCCA